AAGAAGAAGAAGAAGGUAGUCCCACCAUCGCACUGAGCCUGUGGUGGUCUGCUCACAUCUCACAUCGCAUCAUCACCUGCCAUUUGUCCACUGAGUUAAAGGAAGACUUGUCUCAUCAGGGGACAGAUAAGGAGCCUAUACUCGAUCCUUCCAGACGUCCUGUCCUACAGCAGAAAAGCAGUAACUUCAUCUUUCCACCUCUAGUGCACCCUCCAUCCGCCCUUCCUUUCCUCCCUCUCCACUCUUUGUUUCUCAGGUGUGUGUUUGUCCUGUGAGCAGUGAUGGGGGACUGGAGUCUCCUGGGAAAUUUCCUAGAGGAGGUCCAGGAACACUCCACCUCAGUCGGGAAGGUCUGGCUCACCGUCCUCUUCAUCUUCCGCAUCCUGGUGCUGGGCACAGCAGCCGAGUCCUCGUGGGGCGACGAGCAGAGCGACUUCCUGUGCGACACUCAGCAACCCGGUUGCACCAACGUUUGUUAUGAUAGCGCCUUCCCCAUCGCCCACAUCCGCUACUGGGUGCUGCAGAUCGUUUUUGUCUCCACGCCAUCCCUCAUCUACAUGGGUCACGCCAUGCACAUUGUGCGCAGGGAGGAGAAACUGCGCAAGAAGGAGCAGGAAGAGAGGGAGGAGAGAGGGGAAGGCGGAGGAGACCUGGAGGAGGAGAAGGAGUACCUCCAGCAGAAGGAGAGUGGAAAAACAAUGAUGUCUAAUGGGACUGGCCGUGUUCGCCUAAAAGGAGCUCUGCUGCAGACUUAUAUCCUGAGCAUCCUGAUCCGCACAGUGAUGGAGGUGACGUUUAUUGUGGUGCAGUACAUGAUCUAUGGGGUGUUCCUCAGGGCCUUGUACCUGUGCAAGGCCUGGCCCUGCCCCAACCCUGUCAACUGCUACAUGUCCCGGCCCACAGAGAAGAACGUCUUCAUCAUCUUCAUGCUGGUGGUGGCCGGUGUGUCUCUGCUGCUGUCUGUGUUGGAGCUCUACCACCUUGGCUGGAAGAGCGCCAGGAAGUGUCGCCAAAAGAUGAUGCAGAAAAGCAAACACAGAGCUGUGACGGUGGCCGUGUCCACAGACUUGGAGCCAAACAGCCCACCUCGGCCCUCGGCCUCCUGCACCCCACCUCCUGACUUCAGCCAGUGCCUGGCAGCCCCGAGCUCCAUGAACCCCAUGACCUCUAUGGCCUCUCAUCCCUUCAACAACAGGAUGGCGCUGCAGCAGAACUCGGUCAACUUGGCCACCGAGCGGCAUCACAGCUGCGACAACCUAGAGGACGAGGAAGACUUCCUGAGGAUGAGAUAUGACCAAGCGCCCACAGAGCUGCCCAACAGCUGCUCCCCAUCACCUCUGCUGCACUCCGGCUACAUGAAGGACAAACGCCGCCUGAGCAAGACCAGCGGGAGCAGCAGCCGGGCUCGCCAGGAUGACCUGGCAGUAUAGACUCACAACCAGAAAGAGUAGCUGGCGAGGGGAGACGAGGAGGAACUGAACCUUCAGGACCAACAGUAGGAACAGAAAGAUCAGUUUAGGAAGAAGUUGAAGUGGUCAGAAUGUGAGCCAAGAUAAUUAUGCAAACUCUGGCACUGAAGCUUGACACAUAACUACAGAGGAUGAACUAAAUGAGACACUGAGAUGUGUGAGUGGACCACGUAAGCUUGACAUACAUGAGCUCUGUGAGCAGAUAGUGUUUGUGAACCAGUCUGUCCGCCGAGCUCAAAAAACCAAACUGCAAAAGAAAAAUAAUUUUGAAAUGAGAACAGGGUAACAGGUGAGACACCUGGCUAUUGCACAUUUUAUGUUAGAGUUGAACCGUUAAAGCCAAAAACUAUUCAAUUAACUAGAUUAAUCAUAUGAUCAAGUUGUGACUACAGUAGAACCAACUGUUUUCUCUCUCCCGCUGCAAAAAAUGAGAUACAUUUAGAGAAAACAGGAACUUAAAGGUACAGUGAGUAGGAUUUAGUGGCAUCUAGUGGUGAGAACUGCAGAUUGCAGCCAGGUAAAACUUCUCCCAUGUGCCAAGCAUGAACUCCAAGUUAAGGACUUUGCACACUGAGUCCAUUUUUUUUAAUCCAAGACUUAGCGUUGUGUAAAUCACGUUUGCACACUGAGUCUGAAACUAUUGUCCGUCAUUAAAAUUUUCGGAUCAGGUUCGAUUUUCUGUAUUUUUCACAUCCAUCAGAAGCCUUUAGAGAUGUUUGACCAAGAAUCAGUGAAGAAAAUGUGGGGGCUGGAAGCAGACACGACAAGACAGAGAAACAGGGGGCGCACAGAUUCAUUUAAUAACUCAGACAGCUCACUUUCAACAGGUCAGAUAGUUAUAUUCAGGUGAAUGAUGAUGAGGAGGAGGAGGAUGUGGACCGCACACAGAAUGUGGGGGGCAGAGAGGGAGGACAGCUCUGCCCCUUCAUGUAGCUGCAAUACCUAAUGAAAGACAGGGAAGGUGUGGUGACAGCCAGAUAGGUAACUCCAGUGGAGAGAGGCAAAGGAGGAAAUGUUUUAAUUUUGUAACAUAUUGCAAAUUUUCACAACUAAUAGCAGGAUAAAACGCACCAUAAUCAGUGUGCAAGGUUUCUGUGCAUAAUGAUUUUAUUUUUUGGAUGAUGGAUUUAAAAAAACAGACUGAGUGUGCAAAGGCCUUUAGGAUUUCUUCAGUGUUAAUAUUUGGGAGGUUUUUACCAGGAGCCCAAUUAUCCGUAGAGGUCUCUUCCUGUCCAACAAACAGACCCGGCAAUUUAAAACGAUAAAUACACUGAAUAAAACACAUUAUAAAAUCUGUUUUCCGAUGCUGUUAAGCUCGUUGAAGAGAGGCUGCUUAUUAUGGUGGCUGACAUGAAAAUGCAAAUGGCCCUAUCUAGAGCCAGUGUUUGGUUUGUCCAUUCUGUGCUACUGUAGAAACAACAUGGCUGACUUCAUGGAAAAGGACUGGCUCUGUAUGUAGAUAUAAAUGGUUCAUUAUAAGGUAACGAAAACACAAUGAUUCUUAUUUUCAGGUGAUUAUACACUAAAGAAAACAUAAUCAUUAUAUUAUAUCUCAAGUCUGCCAAUUAAUCCCCCAUAAUCCUACACACUGGACCUUUAAUAUGCAAAAAACUGUGAAGCUUGCCGGUUUAUAAAUUGGAAGUUUUCAUGCAGUGCAUUUACAGUGAAUUUCGGUAAAGUGCCUUAACAACUGUGGAAGAUAUAUCUCUUUCCAUUUAAUAUGUUUUCUAUGUAUAUUUUUCCAAAAGCCAUGUCAGAGACUGUAAACCUAUAUAAAGCCAUCUGUUGACUUGCUUACCUGAUUGCACUACACCUGCAAGUCAACAAACAUAAAAUGUAACUCAAGAAUAAUCACUUCACAAUCACAUCUGAAUAAAAAGAAGUGUGAGUAAAACUGUAUUCAUUAGUUAUAUAUCUGACGGGAGUCUUUGUGUACAGAUCGAGAGAAUGUAGCUUGUUUUAGGAUUUUUCCCUUUGGAAGGGAUUCAAGGGAAAAGAGAAAAGAGGUCCUGCUUGGAUGCUGUUAUGAGGAGAUCCGGCCACUGGGUGGCAGCAUUGCACUUAAGUUUUUCAGUUUCUCUCCUGGAGCCUUGUGCAACAAAUUGUGAAUUUGUCCCUAUGCAAUGUAUGUUUCCGUUGAUGUCUUUGAAUGUAUUAUAUUUGAUUUUUUUGGUGUCUUGUUCUUACUAUAUGCAGGAUAAUUGUACAGGUUGUGUCAUCCUACAGACUUUCUCCUACAGCGAAUUUAAAACACAAAAAUCUUGUCUAUGUUUUUGGUUCUUUCACACAAACCUUUAUGCAAUAAAUGUCAUCACUAAUCCAUCACAAAUAAUAAACCAUCAUCUCUACAAU